AUGUCUCCGAUAACCCAGUACGAAAUUAGAAAGAAGAAGAAGAAGAAGAAGAAGAAGAAGAAGAAGAAGAAGAAGAAGAAGAAGAAGAAGAAGAAGAAGAAGAAGAAGAAGAAGAAGAGACGUAUCGAAGAAAGACGUUACAGAUCAGACGCAUUCCUGCAGCGCAGUGGGCAGCGACGGGAGGUUUGGCAUUGUCUCUUUCCCCACACGAACCGCUUUCCCCAAAAACCCAAUGCCGAGGGGGAGGGACCUUCCUCGCAAAAUGACCGCUCGGGUGCCAUUGGCCCAAUUGACUUUCGGAAGAGUGGAGCCGAUGUUCUUCAAUGGAACUCUGCUGCGACCUCACCUCACUUCACUUCACCUCUCCUCAACGUCAGACACGCUUAG